AUAAGUAAUGAAAGUUCAGUUAUUUCAAAUUUUAAUCCCAACUUAGAUUUUUUUUCUUUUGGAUAAAUAGGAAACAUAGAUAUUGGAUUUAAUUCAAGAUAAAUUGAAGCUUUAUCCAAAAAGUAAAAUUCGAAUUAUGUGGAAUUAUGAUACAUUAAAUUCAAAUUCCAAAUCAUUUCUAGUUCUGCCAUGUGCUUUAGGGAGCCCAUUUUACUGUAGUCAUUUAUGCUCGGAUCAUCUGUUUGAGAAUCUCUCUACUGAUCCUCUCCUUGAGAACUCUGGACUAAAAUUCAACGCCCCAGAUUUAUCCACUCACAAAACUAUUCUUACGCCGCUGUUUGUAAAACUCACCAUAACUUUAAACCUACCUAGAGUUAACGGCAAGAAUACUAAACUGUUUUGAAUUUCUCUCUCAGCGAUUCCCUCAAAGCUUCCAUUGAGGUAAACUACAUCAAUGGAAAAUUGAAGAAAUUAUAGCUUGAAUUUUGGUGGUGUUUUUUUCUCUCUUCUGAAACCUGCGUAAAUUGGGAGAAAUUAGCUUACGUCAAUGGAAGAUUUGAGGGAAUCACUUCUAUUUAGGAGUAUUUAGUUAGGGAUUUCAUGAUUUUGCGAAGAUAGAGAAAGGAAUUCAGAACCGUUUAGUAUUCCUGACUUUAACCUAGGUGAAUUUGAUGUUAGGGGUGAGUUGGGGUUUGACGUUGGGCUAAGUUUUGGUUAAAAAUAACCUAGGUGAAUUUGAUGUUAGGGGUGAGUUGGGGUGUGACGUUGGGCUAAGUUUUGGUUAAAAAGGACAGUGUAAUGUCACGGCCGCAUGUGAACUUGGAAAGGUCCAAGUCCGCUAUAGUAAAAAUAGUUUUGUAUGUGGAUAAGGUGGAUGAAUCUGGGCUGUUGGAUUUAGGCCUGGAUAGAUUCUCAAGGAGAGGAUUCGUUCCCAUUUCUGCUUUGCGCUUUAGUGAGUGAAUUUAACCAUCUAUGGUUUAGGAAAGUAGAAAGAUAUUAAUUUUCAAAAAAAAUUAAAAAGUAGCAAGAUAAUCUAAGCAAGGAUUGAAAAUAAUUGGGGGUUCCAUUUCCCAUGAAACAAAGUCAGGUCAUAUUGUUCCCACUACAUUUUGAGCACAAAAAUUCAUCAUAUAAAGUUAUGAACAGACCUAUAAAAUUACCAAAAAGAGAGGAAAAAAGAAAUCAUCAUAUCUUAUAAUCCGACCAUUCACACUCCCCAUGAAUCCUUUUGAACUCCAUGGGAAUUCCAAAAGUGACUUCAAGGAAGAGAGGUUUUUAUAGGCCACUAAGAUCACUCCUCAAUCCUCAUGUCCUCUUUGUGCAAAUAUCCUGUGUAUUUUUCUUCUUGAAGAGCUUUUUUCACUCAUUUAAAAUGAAAACAGAGUCCUGCUGAUGAAAUGAGCAGAGUCUUACCACUGAGACAACUAAUAUUCAACGCGCCCUCCACUAUGCAUUUGCAGAUAAUGGAGCUCUCAUGGCCUUCCAUCCCGAUCCUUUUCACUUUCCUGCUCUUUGUGUUCAUGGUUUUGAAAACAGUAUCAAAAACCAAGAACUCCAGUCCAAAUCUACCCCCUGGGCCAUGGAAGCUACCUCUCAUUGGAAACGUGCACCAGCUCGUUGGAUCUGAUCUAACCCAUCACCGCCUAAGAGAUUUGGCCGCGAAACAUGGACCUCUGAUGCACCUGCAACUUGGAGAACUUUCCAUCGUUGUUAUUUCUUCCGCAGAAACCGCGAAAGAAGUGAUGAAAACAAAUGACAUCAUCUUUGCUAGCAGGCCUUUUCUUCUUGCUGCAAGUAUAUUUUGUUAUGGUUCUACAGGCAUUGUCUUCGCUCCAUAUGGAGACUAUUGGAGACAACUUCGGAAGAUUUGCUUACUGGAGCUUUUAAGUAUAAAACGCGUCCAGUCAUUCCGAUCCAUCAGGGAAGAAGAGAUCUCAAACCUCAUCAAAUCUAUUUCAACGCAAACAGGAUCUCUGCUCAAUCUCAGUAAAGAAAUUUUGUCCUCGACAUAUGGCAUCACUGCAAAGGCGGCCUUUGGUAAGAAAUGCCAUGACCAAGAAGAAUUCAUAUCCGCUGCCAAGGUGGUCAUAGAGUUGGGAGGAGGUUUUAAUGUCGCCGAUCUCUUCCCUUCAGUUAAAAUGCUAGCUUUGAUCAGUGGGCUGAGGCCCAAACUUGAGAAGGUUCAUCGGAAAGUUGACAUGGUACUCGACCGCAUCAUUGUUGAACAUAAAGCUAAAAAGACAGCAACAGAGACUACUACUGAUAGGGGCGAAGCAGAUGAAGAUCUGGUAGAUGUUCUUCUAAAAGUUCAGGAGCAUGGUGACCUUGAGUUCCCCUUAACCAUCAAUAACAUCAAGUCAGUUAUAAUGGACAUUUUCACUGCCGGGAGUGAGACAUCAUCUACAACUGUAGAAUGGGCAAUGUCAGAAAUGCUGAAAAAUCCAAGAGUUAUGGAAAAGGCACAAGCCGAAGUGAGAUAUGUUGCAAGUAAAAAAGGAAAUAGUGCUACUGUUGAUGAAGCAGACCUCCAUGAAUUGAGCUACUUAAAGUUGGUUAUCAAAGAAACCCUGAGAUUACACACUACUCUCCCUUUAUUACUUCCAAGAGAGUCCACCGAGAGAUGUGAAAUUAAGGGAUAUGAGAUACCUGCCAAGAGCAAAGUCAUUGUCAAUGCAUGGGCAAUUUGUAGAGAUCCCGAACAAUGGACUGAUCCAGAAAGCUUUAAUCCAGAGAGAUUCCUUGACAGUCCAAUUGAUUACAAGGGAACUCAUUUUCAAUAUACGCCAUUUGGUGCUGGAAGAAGAAUAUGUCCUGGCAUAUCGUUCGCGUCAGCUAACAUUGAGCUUCAACUUGCACAACUAUUGUAUCACUUUGACUGGAAGCUUCCUGAUGGAGCAAAUCAUGGAGAUCUAGACAUGACUGAGGUCUUUGGUGCAUCGGUUCGAAGGAAAAGAGAUCUGUGUGUGAUUCCCAUUUCCUAUCAUCCUUCAAGUACUGCUAAAUAAGGCAAGAAGCCAGAAAGCAUUAAUUGGAUGUUCAUUAUCAAACUUUCAAUUCUAUGUGAACCUGCAAUUUUUAUUAGUUUA